GUCGUGAUAGUUGCAAUUAUUUUUCAGGUCAAAAGUCGAUCCAAUUUUCAAGGGAAUUCAAGAUUCUCUGCCCACGAUAAAAGUUCAAGAUUGGAGUUCCUUAUGUGGUUUAGAAUUCGAAAUUUAGAUUAAAUUGGGUCGACUGAUUGCUAAAUCUAGAACUAAGAUCACCACAUAGAAGAUGCCAUUCACUGAGUUCUGCAUUUUGUGUCGUCUGGACUUCAAAAGAUCAUCAAGAUCACCGCAAUCUAUAAGACCAAUAUCCACAUCGUCCCUAUUGUAGGCCAACUAAUUUUCAACACCUGUCUCUAGAUAUAUUAACAUUCCAUCUUGUUCAUCAACAUGAUCUUCAUGCAUGGAUCCAUAACCUAACCUAUCUAUGGAGCUCUAAUAUCUCCAAUUUAUUUCAUCUAAUCUUCCAACAUCAACGCAGGGAAACUAAAGCACGAGCUCGUCGCUCAUUACUUUUAGAAGCUCUUUUUAGAACUCAACAGACAAGAUGCCGUCCAAGCGUCGUAACAAUGGACGAUCCAAGCAUGGUCGCGGUCACACCGCCAUCAUGCGUUGCUCCAACUGCUACCGUGCCGUCCCGAAGGAUAAGGCCGUCCGCAAGUUCGUCGUCCGUACCAUCGUCGACACCUCCUCCGCUCGUGAUUUGAAGGAGCAGAGCGCCAUCGACACGUACCAAUUGCCCCGCUUGUACAUCAAGCAGCAGUACUGCGUCUCCUGCGCUAUCCACGCUCGUAUCGUGCGUGUGCGAUCCGCCGAACUGCGCCGCAAGCGUAAGCCCCCAACCCGUGACGCUCCGCGUCCGCAGAUGGGAGGAAAGUAAAUCAGCUGUGCCACUUCGACUUCACAAGAACUGAGGAGGAACGAUUUAGAAUGAAAAGCUAGUGAGGAGAAGAGCAUGAGAGGUGCCGAGGAGGAGGAUACAACGACGCUUGUGUCGGGCUUUGUACCAUCGUUUAGCGAGGUGGAAAAACAUCGACCUUACAGGAUCGACGUUUUUAGAACGUUGUGGAGCUGCAUCUUGGUUUGAGCUUUGAGUGCAGUUGGGAAGCUAACGCAGGGAAAGGAUAACAGGUACUAUUCUCUUAGACCUUAUCUUUCUUUAGAAACUCCCUUUCUUGUUGUUACUUGUAGAAAGCAGAAAAAGAGUUCUAUUGAAAAAAAAGACCUUUCGUUGUGGACACUCAACAUCUGUGCGAUCUUCACUAUGUCGUGCACAUUUCUUGAAAUUUGAGUCUCUUAGCUUGUAGACCUGUGGAUAUGUGGACAUGAUUUAGAAUCAUCCCAUCACACCUUGCUCUGAGCUAAAUCGUCGACUCAUCCACAACCACCAUUUUAACAGGUAAUUGUUCUUUCAGGGAGAACGGAUUUCAAUAAGCUAUGCUGGAGGAUGGAUUGCGAAGAUUGCGAUCUAUCAGAUGCGUGCUACAUUCUUCUUCAGUGGAACUUCAUGUGACUGCCUGUUGGGUGUUUUCUGUCGACAUGUUGUCAGUGAGUUUUUCAGCGACGAAAAAGAGCUCGAAUAUAGUACUACGAGAAAGACCAGAAGUAGAGACCUUGAAGGUGCUCUGUCUGGCGGCCUGGGCGGCGGAAGCUGUGUUGAUUUCUCCACUGGUCUUUUUGUCUUUCGCUGUUGUUGUCGAGCCUGAAGGAGCUUCAGUGCGGUGCAGAUAAGUUUGAGAGACAAAGAAGUGACUGAGACGAAAUAAGGCUGGAUUCUAUAUUCUGUUCAGCCUGUGAAAUUUAGCGUGUGAG